UCUAGCCAAGCGUUCUAAAGAUACAGACGUUUAAAUAUUUUUGUUUACAUUUUCAUUUUUAGAAAUAAAUAAAUAUAUCUGUAAUAUCUCAAGGACGAUCUUAUUCUUUAACAAAAUAGACACUUUCUAAAAUAUGGAACCAUGUGACAAUGAAAAGAAAAAAGAUGACAAAGGCCUACAGCACAAACCUAAAUGCAUCUCUUCUAAAACUUGGGAGAGAUUCCAAGCCUUACAGAAAAGGACAGAUGCUGUAACCAAAAGAUCGACUGAGAAGAGAAUUAAACACCUGCAGAAAAGUAUUCUUCAAAAUGUUCAAGAAGAGUUAACAUCAGAAGAAGAUAGGGCUGUUUUAAGAAAGCAUGAUGUACAUCUUCCUGCAGGAAGUCAACAGCAAAGUACACCAUCAAGUGAUGAAAGUUCAGAAAAAUUCAAAGAGGUUGAGAAAUAUUUAGGAGUGAAUGAUCAUAUUAAGAAGGGAGUGGGUAUAGAUGGUGCACCAGACUCGGGUCUAGAAAAACAGGUAGAAGCUGCAGUAACAGCGGGUGAUAUAACAACAGCUGAAAAACUCAGUGAUAGACUAGCAACCAGAGACUUUGGUGUGAAAAUAGCUGAGGCAGUUACUGCAAGAGAUUUUAUGAAGAGGAAGAAGGAAGAAGAUGAAAAGAUAAAAUCUAAGAAAAGAAAGAAGUUACAUUGGGGAUUUGAACAUAAACAGAGAUGGGAGACCAAAAGCAAUAUGUGAUAAACUAUUGUGAAUACAUGCAUUUCAAUUCUUAUUUUACAAAACAAUCAUUACAUAAUUAGACAAACUAAAUUAAAAUACUACUCAUCAUAGUUUAAUUCAGCUUUCCUAAAGGUUAAAUAUGUUAUUUUUAGAUUAUUUCAUGUAAUUGACAAGUGAAAGAAUUAAGUUGGAAAAUGAAUUUUGCUGAUGAUAAAAAACAAUAAGAAAACCAUUUGAUACAUAUGAUGUACUGGUCAGCUCUCCAUAUUUAAAUUAUUAAAGUGGCUAAUUUAUUUCCUGAUCUUAUAGCUUUAGAAACAAACGUCACUGGCAUAUUCUUAAGAAAUGUUGAUUCUUUAAAGAUCCUGUAUGUUUUGUGAUUGAUAUUGUUACUGUGUGUAUACCACACUCUCAAAAAAAUAUAUAUGUAUAUCAUUAUGCAAAUAAAACAAUUUUCAAAUAUCGAAGAAUAUUUGAAAUGUAUACUACAAAUAUUUGUGCACAUUAUAUUUAAUCAAUAAAUUACAUGCAUUCAUUUCUUAUUGGAAAAUUUGACUUAGAAUUUAUAGGAAAUUAAUUUCUAAUUACCUCCCUUUAUUUACAUGAAAUGUUAAAUUGGGUAAUAUCUUUAUAAAAAAUGCUUAUUGGAACUUACAAUAUUGAUAAAUCUUAAUUUGAGCAUCAUAUUUACGAAAUAAAACCAUGAAAAAAUUGUGUUACAGGAUCUUUAAUAAACUUGAUUAUAUAACACUGAUACAGUGUAAAAUUCCUAUUAAACGCCCCCGGGGGCUGAACAUUUUCUAAAAGAGGGGUUAUUAUUACAACACAUUUUUUCCUUUAUCCAAAAAUCAUUGUAAAUACAUUUAGCAUUAGCAAGUGUUGGUAAUAACAUUAAAAAGUGUUAAGGUUUUAAAGUUUACUAUGAUACAUUUUUUGUGUUUACUGUAAAUUAAAAUGGAUUCUGAAGGAUUUGAAUAAAAUUAUCGAUUUACAGUCAUGAGUAGAUUUUUUACAUAUAAAAAAAGCCUGGGGCCUUUAUUAGGGGAGGGGCGUUUAUUAGGAACUUUACGGUAUGUCUGGUAUUAUCUCAUGAAAUAACAGCAAUUAUGUUAGUGAAGGACAAUAAGUGAAUGAUGUACAAGUAAUUGCUGUAUUUAAACUUGUUUGCUUAUGAAUGUAGAUU